AUGUCCCAACCAGGACCACCCCCGGGGAUGCCUACCCCCCAACAACUCCAGCAGAUGAUUGCGCUCGAGGCACAGAAGCGAGGCAUGACCGUCCCGCAAUUCCAGGCCUUUCAACGCCAGCAAAUCGAAACCGAAGCCGCAAAGCUCAACAUGAGCCCACAGCAGUUUAUCCAGAUGAAACAGGAAGAGGCGAGACAGAACUUCCAAAGACAACAACAACUACAGCAGCAGCAACAGGCACAACCAGGACAGGGCCAACCGUCUCAGCCCCAGCAGCAAGGCCAAGUUCAGCAUAUUCCGGUUAAUGAGGGUGUCGAGGCAAAGCCAGAGGCCAUUGCUGUUGCGAAGUUUCUGCGAUCACGAGAUCUAAAGACGAGGACUUGCAUCUUCAACGGACAGAGGAAAGAUAUGUUUAAGGUCAAACGCGCAUUCCGCGAACUCCAUUCCGAGGCUUAUAAGAAGGCUCGCACCAAGGAUCCUCUCCUACCUCAAGUCGAGACUGACCUGGAAGCCCGCCAGGCCGUUCAGCUCCUCCCUCUCUCCAUGCUCGCUCUGCGUGUGUCGAAGAAGGAUCCUCAUGAAGGCCACAACCAUGCCAAACCAAAGAAGGAGAAGCGUGUCAAAGGACUUUGGGAGGUCAAGCUUGAACAACAACAAGAUUUCGAGCCUAUGAUGCAUUAUGUGUGGCUGUACGAAGGCUCACAGUGGAAGACCAAGAUGUGGGCUGGUGUUGUCCUUGUUCUGGUCUUUGCUGCUAUCCUCUUCCCUCUCUGGCCUCUGGUCCUGAGACAGGGCGUCUGGUAUCUCUCAGUCGGCGCCAUGGGUCUCAUCGGUCUCUUCUUCGCCAUGGCCAUCUUCCGCCUCAUCCUCUUCGUCAUCACCUUCUUCCUGUUCGCUCCCGGUCUUUGGCUGUAUCCCAACCUGUUUGAGGAUGUUGGUUUCUUCGACAGCUUCCGUCCCUUGUGGGGCUGGCAUGAAACUAAGGAGGAUAUCAAGAGGAAGAAGCAGGACAAGAGGGCGAAGCGCGCGCAGAAGGCCGCCGCCGCUGCAGGUGGUGAGAAGCCUGCCGUGACUGUUGGAGACAGCUCUGCCACUUCCGCCCCUGCCAAUGGCAGUGCAGUUUCUUCCGGUUCUCAGGCCGUUGUCCCAUCCGGUCCCGCACGACGACAUGCAGCUCCAACGGUGGAAGAGGUUGAUGAUGAAUGA